CGUGGCUUCAUUUUCCAGGUGGCAGUUGAGGGGAUCUUCAAUCCAACAAAAUUUCCCCCUCUGGCCAGCUUGUUGCAUACUCAAGCUUGCUUCACAAUUGCCUGUUGCUUCUUGUCGAGAUAUUCAGAGACCCGUUAAGCCAUAUCGUGUCUAUUCAACCCUACAAACUGUUAAGCGUAUCACAACCAUGGCCAGCGUGAAAGAAGUCCAGUUUAAAUCCUUCACCGACCAGAAGCCUGGUACGUCAGGACUUCGUAAGAAGGUCACCGUCUUCCAACAACCCCAUUACAGCGAAUCCUUCAUCACCUCGAUCCUCCUGUCCAUUCCCGAAGGCGCAGAAGGCGCCUUUCUUGUCAUCGGCGGCGAUGGCCGAUACUGGAAUCCUGAAGUGGUCCAACUGAUUGCGAAGAUUGGUGCUGCAUACGGUGUCAAGAAGCUCCUGAUCGGUCAGAAUGGCAUCCUGAGUACUCCAGCUGCCAGCCAUGUCAUUCGUAUCAGAAAGGCCACGGGCGGUAUUCUUCUCACUGCCAGUCACAACCCAGGCGGUCCCAAAGCAGACUUUGGCAUGAAGUACAACCUCUCGAACGGUGCCCCAGCCCCAGAAUCGGUGACAAACAAGAUCUUCGAGAAGUCAAAAUCCCUUACCUCAUACAAAAUUGCAGACAUUCCGGAGCUGGACCUGUCAACAAUUGGCACCAAGAAGUAUGGGGAUCUCGAAGUCGAAAUCGUUGACUCUGUGGCAGACUACAUGGCCAUGCUGAAGGACAUUUUCGACUUUGACCUCAUCCGGUCCUUCUUCAAGUCCCAGCCCGACUUUAAAGUUCUCUUUGAUGGUCUAUCCGGUGUCACUGGCCCAUACGGUGUCGCCAUAUUUCAAGGAGAGCUCGGCUUGGGACCGGAAAGCACUCAGAAUUGCCAACCAAGCCCCGACUUUAACGGCGGCCACCCAGAUCCGAACCUGACGUACGCCCAUUCUUUGGUAGAAAGAGUUGACAGGGAGGGCAUCCACUUUGGCGCUGCUUCGGAUGGAGAUGGCGACAGAAACAUGAUUUAUGGCAAGAAUGCUUUCGUCUCACCCGGUGACUCCUUGGCUAUUAUUGCCCACUAUGCCCAGAAGUACAUCCCUUAUUUCAAGAAGCAGGGUGUCUACGGUCUAGCAAGAUCCUUCCCCACCUCUGCAGCGCUUGACCUUGUGGCCAAGAAGCAGAAGUUAAGCAUCUAUGUCGUGCCCACGGGAUGGAAGUUUUUCUGCGCACUCUUCGAUACCAACAAGAUGUCGAUCUGCGGUGAAGAGUCCUUUGGCACUGGCUCGAACCACAUCCGAGAAAAGGACGGUUUAUGGGCCAUCACUGCGUGGCUCAACAUCAUUGCCGGAGUGGGGAAAGAGACUGGCAAGUUCCCGUCUAUUGCUGAGAUCCAAAAGGAGUUCUGGCACGAGUAUGGCCGCGUGUAUUUCACCCGAUACGACUACGAGAAUGUGAGCAGUGACGGAGCCAAUGACAUGGUCAAGUAUCUCAAAGAAAAGAUUGCAAAAUCCGACACUGUCGGUUCAGAACUCCAAGGCCGCAAGAUCCUGGAAGCCGACGACUUCUCAUACACAGAUCUCGACGGCUCGGUGUCGAAAAAUCAAGGUAUCUAUUUCAUAUUCAACGACGGCACAAGGGUCGUUGUUAGAUUGUCGGGUACAGGCAGCAGCGGUGCUACCAUCCGCCUCUAUGUCGAGAAACUCGAGGAGGACAAGAGCAAGCUUGGUGAGGACACGCAGACAUAUCUCAAGGGUUCGGUCGGGCUUGCCAUUGAGCUCUUGCAGCUUCAGAAAUUCAUUGGCAGAACCGAGCCAGAUGUCAAGACCUAGAUCAUUUGCUAUCGACAUGAGGCAGUGAUUUGCACACGCCGUCACAUCAUAGAAGAUAUCGGGUAGAGGAAUUACGUGCAAAAACAGUUGUCAUCACCGACAGCGAUGGCUCUUAAAUGUCGAAGUAGUAGUCAAUCAUUGCAAAUAGAUCACAGCCGUCCGCGAACA